AUGGUCCUCCUGGUUACUACAGAUCGCAUCCAUGUCGCGUUCGAAGCUACAUCGAUUUCCCAGCGCGAGGAGUUAAAUCUACCUCCAGCGCUGGAAGUAAACGGACCAAUAGCCCAUGAUCAACUAAUCCGACUCGCAAAACACCUCCAAACCGACACAGAAUACAAAGAGCAAAACACCCACACACCCACAAUUCUGAGCUCGCUUCUUCACGGCACAAAAGUCUACGUGCCUCCACCACCAAAGAAGCCAGAACCGAGUGCCGAAUACCUCGCCUCAAAAGCCCGCCUCAUCGCCGCCUCAGAACAGAUCUCCUAUAACCGCCUUCUAGACCCAUCGUAUACACCAGCGCCCGAGCACGCAGAUCCACAUUCAUCGCCCUACACAAGCGACGGCUCAGCAGAGGAUGACACAUUGACUAUAUCGCUAGUGUCAAGUAUCUUCAUUUCGGUGCUGGUGACUGGAUUCGCGGUAUACGGGGCAUUGACGAAGUUCUCGGCGCCUGAUGUAGUGGCGCAAUGGUUUGCGUCAAGUAGGGAUGUGUCUGAGAUGCAGAGUCAGGGUGCUGGGGAGGCGGUGAGGGUGCUUUUCGCCAUAUUCUCGGCUAUCAGUGUUGCUGUUGCUGAGUCGUUUUUGUACUUUACGUAUCUUGGGAAGGUGGAGUCGGCUAAGGCCAAGGAGAGGAAGAAGAAGGAGGAGAAGGUUUUCAUUGGGAGGGUUGGGGAGGAUGGGGAAUUGGAUGGUGUUAGGGUUGGUGAGUGUGAUGAGAUUUGGGGGAAGGGGGUUAAUGGUGGUGUUAGGAGGAGGGUUAGGGAGAAGUGGGAGAAGGGGAGGGAUGGGAUGGGUGAGGAGUUAUGA